AAUCCUGCUCAAUCUCCUACAUGCCUCCCAAAGCUCACCGCGCUGGCGCAACGGGCCUCCCUCGUACACACUCCCGUUCAUCGUCGGGAGGUUCCUCCAAAGCAGCACUGAAUCUUCACUUUACGCAGAAGGAUCCUGCUCCAGCGAAGCAAGCCGAAAGAACAAAGAAAAACGGCUUAGUUCAUGACUCGCAUUCAAGGAAUACUUCGCCAUACCCUCCCAGAGUGAAUAGCUCGACACGUCUUGCUUCAAGGGAGCAGCUACCGAUUCAAACGCAGCGGCAUGUGCCUCCCUCGAACCAGCGACAGACAACUGGCAAACCUAAAGCAGGAUUUACCAUUGCUAGCCAAAGUGCGGAUGAAGAUGACGAGUGGGUUUCCAGCGAGAGUGGCGCAGCAACUCCCAGCAGUGUGAGCUCUGACAGCGGCAGGUCUCGAACACCUGUCGAGACGCACAGACCUUCGCUCCUCGCGGCCCCGUCCGUUGAUGAACCCAUACAUCGGCCGGAAACUCCAAGAGCACUACCGCCCUCUAUGUCCCGAGUGCCUACCACCCGUCCCCCCGAUGCACCAGCUCGAGCGUCAUCAGCUGUAGCUGUGUCAGUUGCACGUGCAUCACCGGUUCCAGCACUAGCCUCAUCUAGGCAUCAAGCGAAGCAAUCCAAUCUCUCUCAGCACCCUUCUCCUGAGCGCCGUAUCAUGGAGACUCGCUCAGAGAACACUUCGCCUAUUCAUCGCUCGCACCCACACAAGCGUCAGUCGGUGACGCGCCCACCAUCUACUCAUUCGACGACAAGCAGAAACGAUGCACCAUUACGCCCGCAUCCACUUAUUCGAGGUCAGUCAUAUGGCCCUGCAGCUCCAGUGACACCACGGAUGGUGCCUCUCGCCCCACUCACCAUCACAUCUGAAGCUGCUCCAGCGCACAUAUCCGCACCCCAGACAUAUGACGCGGAGGAUAGGAUAUGCACUUCACCAUCCAGUAUUAAGACUACGUAUGCUCCACCGCCUAACCGCAGAACAUCAGUAUCGUCCGCAAGUUCGGUGGUCACUCUUCCAACUCAAGCGCAUAUCCAACCACCCCAUUUCAAGGCUGUACACGACCGUACUCGCACCCUUUCAUCCAUGUCAUCAACCUCUUCGAGCUCUGUACAAGCGUUGUCAUCACUUGCACAACUUCCCACCACCCGUCCGUCAACGCCGCAAUAUACCUCGCAUUUUCCUGCGGCUAGUCUUUACGCCAACCUUGAAACUGUGCACCCAUUACUCCCACCACCCUACCUUAGUGCACAUGUGUCCAUCCUUGCGCACCGAAGUCCGUUGAGGGAGUCGUACGAUAGAGUUAUUGUCGCCAAGGAGCAACAACGACGUGGAGAGAAGAGUGGUUGAGGUGUCCAUAUUGGUGCUUUUGAAUUUUAACUGGUCGGUGGAAUGUUCGUGACACGUCCUCGUCCAUUCUCAUUCUAUGGCACUGACUCGUAUUUCAGAUCUAUACAUACCAUUAUUGUCAAUUGUUUCAUCGUUGGACCCGACAUCCAAUUCUGUACCAUUAUAGACAGUUCUAUACCAUUUACUGUCCUAUUCGAAAGCUAUCGGCGUCUCAAAGUCUUCAUUUCUUCACACAGACAUGGCUACGUUUAUUGUCCAGAUGAACUCCUAUCCUUGCGAUAGCCUUAAACCUUAGUACUUUUAUUGACAGACAUGGAAAUCUUACGACUAUGUAGAAUACUUGAGCUAGACCUCUCCCUCGAAGAUAGCAUUAGGAUAGUCUUAACGGUAUGAAAACUUUGUACUGCC